AUAAAGAAAAAACAACUGUUGCUGUUAAUUGUUAUUAUUAAGUUAAUUUAACGCACAAAACGGUAUUAUUAGUAAUAGCAUAACAUUUAAAUGGCAGCACAAUGACGCGUGAUGAACAUAUGAAAUGGUUUCACGGCCGCUUGACACGCGAGGCCGCUGAUGAUUUGCUAAAACAAGGCACAGAGGAUGGCACAUUUCUGGUGCGGGAGAGCAGCACAGCAGCUGGAGAUUUUGUGCUAAGCUUGCUUUGUCAGCUUCGUAUGCAUGUGUGUGUGUGUGUGUGCGACUGUUUACAAUUUAUUUGUUGCUUGCAGGGCGAAGUUUGCCACUAUCAAAUCAGACGCCAUGGCGAAGACGCUUUCUUCUCUAUAGACGAUAAAGGUCAAACGAAAAUCUUGCAUGGAUUGGAGACCUUGGUUGACUACUAUCAGCAAGAGCCCAAUGGCUUGAUUACUAAGCUUACAACGCAGCUGACAGGCGAUCCACCGCCGCACAAUACACGCAGCCAGGGCGUGACUAAUCUGCUGCACCGUGCCACUAGCAAAAAUGAGACCAAGGUUGUCUUUGAGCUGCUCAAAUGCGGCUAUCGCAACUUUGAUGCCAAGAAUCAGGAUGGACAGACGGCUCUGCACUUGGCUGCGCUGCAUUGCAGUGAGGAGAUAUUAAAGCUGCUGCUAGACGCUCGCGUGCAAGUGAACAGCGCUGAUGCCUUUGGCUAUCAGCCCUUACAUUAUGCCUGCCGUCAGAAGCCCGCUAGCUUUAUACGCACACUCAUUGAUGCACAGGCAAACGUGCAGGGACGCAAUAUAGAGAAUGGACAUGUGCCACUGCAUGAAGCUGCCAAGCAUGGCAAUCUAGCUGCUGUGCAGGAACUUUUAGCAGCACAGGCGCCGUUGCUGCCACGUACCAGUUCCGGUGAAUUUCCUUUUGAUCUGGCCAAAGAAGCAGGCCAAACGGCUGUGGAAGAAUUUCUGCUGGACUACAAGCUGCCGGCAGCCAAUACCAGUCGUGAGCAUUGGUAUCAUGGUACACUAAAGCGAGAUGAAGCCAUCGAUGUGCUCAAGCGAUUUGCGCACAAGCUACAGCAGGAUCAGCAAGCUGCAGGCGAGACUGUGGACAACUCUGGCUGCUUUCUGGUGCGUUACUCCGAGAGCACAGCAACGACAGGCUAUGUCCUAACGUUGCUCUGUGAUCAGCAGGUCAAGAACUUUCGCAUAUCCCAAGCUGAUCUCUAUCACAACGGCAAAUUAAAAUUUCUGUAUAUUGAUGACGGUCCGUAUUUACCCAGUUUGGAGCAUUUGGUGGCGCACUUUAUGCGCUAUUCCUACGGCCUGCCAGUGAGUCUAAAGUAUGCUGUGCCGCCACAGCCCAAGCCAGAAGUGCCUUCGUUUGCCACCAUACCACGUGCUUCCCACAAGUCUCCCACCACACCGCAGACACCCGUCACACCCACCACUCCGCUGACUCCCACCAGUCCGCAGUCCAUGCCGACGCCCAGCAAGAAGAAGCAAAAGGAAAGCAUGUUUAAUACGCUGCGACUGCCCAGUCCCAAGAAGGGACUUUUCGAUAUGAACAGUCUGCGCAAGAGCAAGUCCAAAAACAAACGCAGCGACUCCGAGAGCAGCAUCAGUGGCAUGGCUGCCGCUGCUGCCGCCGCCAGAGCUGAGGAACUGCAGGCCGCAGCGCCCAUGCUCAAAAAUCUCUCAUUCUCAACAGACUUUAGCAACUUCAAUGUGGAUGCCGAUGCCAGCAAUCCAAGCGAGCUUUAUAAUGUGCCGCGCAACAACACGCCCAUACAGCUGCCUCCCAUUGCCGACAAGAGCGCAGCAGAGGUGGAAUACUUUACCAAAAGCGAUGUGGCCAUUGAGCGCGAGCGUGCAGCUGCCUUGAAUGCCAAUGGCUAUCUGCCCACCGUGGAUGUGCAUAUGCUGCUCAACCAACAGCUGGAUGUGGCUAGCAAGAAAGUGGCACGCAUUGAUUCCAUUAUAUCCACCGGCUCCACAGAGAGUGAAAUGGCAAACUAUUUGCAGCGCAAGUGCAGCGGCUCGGCCACAAGCAGCUGCGCCGAGCUGGAGCAGGCUAAGCAGCGUUUCUUUAUACGUGCAGAGCAACUGGAGCUGGAUACGGAAAUUGGUUCGGGUGAAUUUGGUUCCGUGUACAGAGGCUGGCUGCGACGACCCAGCGCUGGUGAGAUCCGCCUGGAGGUGGCCAUUAAGACACUACGCGAUGAGGAGCAGCAUGCCAUUAAUAAGCAGGAGUUCUUGCGUGAAGCUUCGGUCAUGAUGCGCUUGGAGCACAAGUGCAUUGUGCGCCUGAUUGGCAUCUCCAAAGGCGAUAUGCUCAUGAUGGUGCAGGAGCUGGCACCGCUGGGCUCCAUGCUGCAGUACAUACUCGAUCAUAGCGCCGAGAUCAAAGUCAACUUUGAGCUCAAGCUUUGGGCAUCGCAGAUUGCCUGCGGCAUGCACUAUUUGGAGUCUCAGCAUUUUGUGCAUCGCGACUUGGCUGCGCGUAAUAUACUCCUCACCUCACGACAGCAGGCGAAGAUUAGCGACUUUGGCAUGUCGCGUUCGCUGGGCGCCGGCAGUGCGGAGUAUCAAGUGACGCAAGGCGGACGCUGGCCCAUACGCUGGUAUGCGCCGGAGAGCUUCAACAAUGGCAUCUUCUCACACGCUAGUGAUGUUUGGUCCUUUGGCGUUACGCUCUGGGAAAUGUUUGCUUUGGGUGCGCCACCGUAUGGCGAUGUGCUCAACAAGGAUGCCAUCAAGCUUGUGGACGAUGGCUACCGCUUGCCGCAGCCUGAUCUUUGUCCAGUCUACAUUUAUGCUGUCAUGCAGAGCUGCUGGCAAUUGCAUCCCAAGGAGCGACCCACUUUUGCCUAUCUCAUGGAGUUCUUCAGCCGCGAUCCUGACUAUCAGAAUCUGCAGGAGCUCGUGCACUCGGUGCACAUUUAAAGCUUGUAACGUGGGCAACUUUUACUCAAGUGCAAUUUCCCAUUUUAACAUUGUUGACUUGAUAUUAUAGCUAUAUAUAGCAGAUGUAUUAUUUUAUGUAUUGCAGACAUUUUCAAAUUUGAAAUCUACAUUCGUUUUCUGUCUCAGCUGCUAAUUGUAACAUAAUGUUUAUUCUUAUGCAAAAAUUUGUGUCAAAAAAGCAAACAAGUGCCUUACAAUAAUUUUAAAUAAA